UUUAUACAUUGCCACUACUGGUUGGGUCUUGAUUUGGUGUUUUGUUAGCUUAAAUUCCUCUCUAACCAUUUUGUCAGAUCUUCAUCUCUUUGCACCAAGAGGAACACCCCUCACGCUGCCAAAGGUGAUUCCUCCACACAGCCUCCUAAGCCUUCACGUUUUCCCUACACCAGUCUUGGUUUUUCCAAGUGUUCCACAUUGACAAAAUGGAGAGUGGGGACCGUAAGAGCAAGACAAUCUUAUGUGUUACUUCUUCUUGAUCUCACUCUUUUUUCAGAUCAUUCCUUUUGUUCCUCCACUUUCAGGAAUCAGGAGGAAUGGAGAAAAAAAUUGUGAUGCAAAAGUACGAGAUUGGACGCUUCCUUGGACAAGGCAAUUUCGCCAAAGUUUACCAUGCAAGGAACUUGAAGACAGGCCAGAGCGUGGCCGUGAAAGUUAUCAAUAAAGAGAUGAUGAUGAUGAAGGAGGGUAUGAAGGAUCAAAUCAAGCGCGAAAUCUCAGUGAUGCGCCUUGUGAGGCACCCCAACAUCGUGCAGCUGUACGAGGUCAUGGCAACCAAGACAAAGAUAUAUUUUGCAAUGGAAUUGGUGAAAGGUGGCGAACUUUUUCAUAAAGUGUCCCGAGGAAGGUUGAAGGAGGAUGUAGCAAGAAAAUAUUUUCAGCAGCUGAUUGAUGCUGUUGAUUACUGCCACAGCUUAGGGGUGUGUCAUCGUGAUCUCAAGCCAGAGAAUCUUCUUCUUGAUGAAAAUGGGGAUCUCAAAAUUACGGAUUUUGGUUUGAGCGCAUUGGUUGAAUCCAAAAAGAAGGAUGGCCUUCUUCACACAAUAUGUGGAACUCCAGCCUAUGUUGCUCCUGAGGUUAUAAAGAAUAAAGGAUAUGAUGGAGCCAAGACAGAUAUAUGGUCUUGUGGAGUGAUUCUCUAUGUUCUUUUGGCAGGUUUUGCUCCUUUCAACGACAGGAAUUUGAUGGAGAUGUAUAAGAAGAUUAUCAAAGCAGAUUGCCAAUUCCCAAAAUGGUUCUCUAUAGAUGUGAAAAGACUUAUUUAUAGGAUCCUUGAUCCCAAUCCAACGAGUAGAAUUAGUGUUGCUAAGAUUGUGCAAAGUCGUUGGUUUAGAAAGGGGUACGUGCAGACUGUAGAAUAUCAGCUGCCACCUUUGUUCCCCAGAAAUGGAGAUGAUAUCUUGGAUGUUCAGGUUGUAUUUGAUUCAUCAGAUUCAGAUGGCAGUCCAAUGUCAACAAAAAAAGAAAGCCCCUUGAAGCUAUAUCAAUUCAAUGCAUUUGAUUUGAUAUCACUCUCAUCAGGUCUUGAUCUUUCUGGUUUGUUUGAAAAUGAUCAGAAUGAAAGACAACUGACGAGAUUUACUACCAGAGAAAGACCUUCUACUGUUGUAUCAAUGCUUGAAGAGAUAGCACAGAUAGAUGAUAAAUUUAAAGUCUUGAAGAAAGAUGGGAUUGUUAGAUUGGAGGGAUGCAAAUCAGGAAUAAAAGGCCAACUCAUCCUACAUGCAGAAAUUUUUGAAGUUACAUCUUCCUUGCAUGUUGUUGAGGUGACAAAAGUAGCUGGAAACACAUUGGAAUAUUCAAAAUUCAGGGAACAGUACCUCAAACCUUCUUUGAAAGAAAUUAUUUAAGUCUGUCAGGAUAUAAGCGGUGGCAAUGGUAGCACCACAAAAGAAAUUAUUUAAGUUUGUUGAGAGACCUCUUUUUUAUUGGAUAGAAGGUGUUCUUUCACGCAUUUUUGCAUGGGAUUAAUUUGGCAAGAUAUCAAUGUUUUUGUCUAUAGAAAUAUGGUUUCUACUGCUGCCAGAAUUAUUUGAAUUGCUACCAUGGUAGUUAUAUAUUCAAUGGGUAUUGCAAUUGACAACCUAGUUGAUUGCUUUGAACAUCAUCA